AUGGCGAACAGAACCGCAAAAGAUGCCCACACAAUCAAGGGUACCAAUCCGCAGUAUCUGGUGGAGAAGAUCAUCAGAACUCGGAUCUACGACUCGCUUUAUUGGAAAGAACAUUGCUUUGCUUUGACAGCCGAACUUGUGAUUGACAAAGGGAUUGAACUCCGCUAUAUUGGCGGUGUGUACGCCGGAAAUGUGAAGCCAACUCCAUUCUUGUGCCUGACUUUGAAGUUACUUCAAUUACAACCGGAUAAAGAUGUGGUUUUGGAAUUUUUGAAACAGACAGAUUAUAAGCAAGUUAAACCUUUUCUUUUUUAUUGGCCUUACUUCUUUUUUUAGAUAUCUCAGAGCUCUCGCAGCCUUGUAUAUUCGAUUGACAUUCAAUUCCGUCGAGAUUUUCACCUUUCUGGAGCCGUUGUAUGGAGAUUAUCGGAAGUUACGAUAUAUGAAUAGAAAUGGACGUAUGUUUUAUUACCUUCGAUAAAAAUUGUAUUUAGAAUUUGAGUUGGUUUAUAUGGAUGAAUUUAUUGAUCAUCUGCUCCGAGAUGAAUCUUACUGUGAUAUUCAAUUGCCUCGAUUGCAAGUAAGCGUAUAUUGCCUUAAUCUAUUAUAUGGUUUAGAAAAGACAGGCUUUGGAAGAGAGCGAUCAGAUUGAUACCUAUGUGUCGUCAUUGGAUGAAGAUCUCGAUAAUUUAUCCGAAAGUGAAAGCGAAGAAGAACCAGAAGAGAAACCGAAGGUUAGAUUGCAGUUGUUUAUGCAUAAAAUAUCUGGUUGGCCAUUUAAAAAACUUUUGAAUUAUUGUUUUAGAGAUUGACAAAGAGAAGAAAUAGAAGUAGAUCAAGAUCCACAUCCAGAGAACGGGAAAAAGAUCGACGAAGAGGUGAAGAAGAAGGUCGGGAAAGAAGGAGGCGACACGAUUCUCCAGAAUACUCAAGACGGGAUCGAGACAAUGCCCGUGAAAAGGAAAGGGAACGAGAAAAAGAACGGAAAGAGAAGAAGGAAAAGAAAAACAAAAGCAAAGAUGAUGAAGAACGGGAGAUCGAGGAGUCCAAUGCCCUCAGGAAAAAGCUCGGAUUGGCUCCAUUACAGCGAUAG